AGACAAUAUCGCGUGCGUUGUCAUCACAUUCAAAGAAGACAUCGGAACGCAAGGACGAGGUGGAUACUUCGAUCAAUUCGGUAUAAUCCGCGACGUCAUGCAGAAUCAUCUCUGUCAAAUUCUAUCGAUUGUCGCCAUGGAGAAACCUGUUUCAACCAAAGCGGACGAUAUCCGCGAUGAGAAGGUUAAAGUACUCAAAUGCAUACCACCCAUCCGCCUUGAGAAUGUAGUAAUGGGUCAAUAUGUGGGCAACCCCAGUGGCCUUGGUGAACAGACUCAAGGCUACCUUGACGACCCUACUGUCGCCUCGGACUCCAUGACUCCAACCUUUGCCACUGCCAUCUGUUACAUCAACAAUGAACGCUGGGAUAAUGUUCCCUUUAUACUUCGCUGUGGAAAAGCCCUGAAUGAGAGAAAAGCUGAGGUACGUAUUCAGUAUCGCGAUGUACCCGGCGACAUUUUCGGUGGUCAAACCAAGAGGAAUGAGCUCGUGAUGCGGGUGCAGCCCGGUGAAGCGGUCUAUGUGAAACUCAUGAACAAGAAACCCGGCAUGUCUUUCGGGAUCGAAGAAACGGAACUCGAUCUUUCCUACAACAGCCGUUACAAGGGGAUGGUUCUACCGGAUGCCUACGAGCGCCUCAUCCUGGACGUUUUUUUGGGCAGCCAAACGAACUUCGUCCGCAGCGACGAGCUAGCUGAAGCCUGGCGCAUCUUCACCCCACUCCUGCGAACGAUUGAACAGGAUCGCACCAAACCUAUACGUUACGUUUUUGGCAGCCGCGGUCCUAAAGAGUCCGACCUGCUAAUGAACUCGAAGGGCUUCAACUACUACGGAACGUACCGCUGGGAUCAGAACUCCAAAAUGUAGUCAGUAGAAUGGAGUCCAAGCAUAUCUACUGAGUGAUCAGUCCAUUCUCGACAGCGAGUCAGGGAGACUCUCGUUCACAGACUCAUAUUUUGAAAAUUUUACACAUAAUUCCAAUGGUUAACGAAAGUUUUCGCCUGUCGUCAAUUGAGAAAUCAGGGAGGAGCUCGCCGUAGUUGGGAACGAGCGAAUAUGUGAUAGAAUGUGCCGGGAUAGACUUGAGCUCCUCUGCCGCCGUCAGGGAAAAUUCCGUCCCAUAUCCCGCAAGAUACGGUACUUUUCCGGAAGGAUGAUGCGGAGUAUGCUUUCUUGGUAGGUAUCAAACAAAACCAGCCUUUGUGAGAUGCACAAGCUCUGUCACUGAAGUCUCGAUGGCCCCUCGACGACACGACCAUCUUCGCGUAUUCGGACGAUCAAAGAGCGUGAAGACACCGAAUGAGCAGACACCGCGAUACCGGGGGACGGUCCCAAGUUUUAGCUACCAUGUCGACUGGUAACUUGUCUUCUUUUCGUCGGAGCUCGUGCUUCCAGAACAUACUUUGCGGAGUAGACUCAGCAUCGAUUCCACUGGAAAACAAGCUCGUCCUGAGAGUUUCGAUCCAAGAAUAAAUAGACAAAUGUGCGAUUCGACG